UUUGCGAACGGCUGCCGCACGAAACUCCUCCAUGAAAUGAAAUGUUCGUGGCGGUGGUUUACCUUCGUAUCAGGAUACCACGGGUAGCCUUACCAUCGCUCUUUUUCUCUUUCCGCGCCCGAAAGCUGAUCCCCGUCUCCGCCUUACGCCACAUCUCCUCUCAUCCUCAGCGACCACCGCCGUGCUCGCGCUCCAUUAAUGGACCGCCGGGGAUCUCCACUUCACGCCCUGACCACAGCGUCGAUCCGCGCGUCGCACGAGCCAACUAUGGCAUCACCCAACUCAGUCGCCAGGGCAAGAUGGCGGACGCCCGACAGCUGUUCGACGAAACGCCCCACAAGGACGUCAUCUCCUGGACCUCAAUGAUCUCCGGCUAUGUAAGAUGCGGUAUGCUCCGCGAGGCCCGAGCGCUCUUCGAACGCUCCGACUCGGAGAAGAACGUCGUUACCUGGACCGCUUUGCUCUCUGGCUACAUCCGUUCGAGGCAUAUCAGGGAGGCCGAGGAGCUGUUCGGUCGGAUGCCUGAAAAGAAUGUCGUAUCAUGGAACACGAUGAUCUCUGGGUAUGCUGAGAACGGCUUGGUUGAUGAGGCCUGUGAGUUGUUCCGACGGAUGCCAGAGAGGAAUAUUGUGUCCUGGAACACAAUUGUGACCGCCUUGGCUCAAUCUGGUCGGGUUGAUGAAGCUUACUGUCUCUUUGAAAGAAUACCGCAGAGGGAUGUGAUAUCGUGGACUUCGAUGGUCACAGGCUUGUCACAGAAUGGGAGGGUCGAUGAGGCUCGUGCUGUCUUUGAUAGGAUGCCAGAGCGAAAUGUGGUUUCCUGGAACGCAAUGGUUUCGGGUUAUGCCCAGAAUUCAAGGCUGGAGGAAGCAUUGGAUCUUUUCGUCAAGAUGCCUGAGAGGGAUAUCAUAUCCUGGAACAUGAUGAUCACCGGGUUUAUACAGAAUAGAAAUUUGAAGAGGGCUCGAGAGUUGUUCGACAAUAUGAACGAGAAAAAUGUGAUCACUUGGACUACAAUGAUCACAGGAUAUGUGGAAGAUGAGCAGAAUGAGGUGGCUUUGAAGAUGUUCUUAGAGAUGUUAAUGGAUGGUGUUAACCCAAAUCAAGGAACAUUUGUCAAUGUCUUGGCUGCUGUUAGCAAUUUAGCAGCUUUCCUUGAAGGGCAGCAGAUUCAUCAGAUUGUUAGCAAAACCGUCUUCCAGUUUGAUACUUUUGUGAGUUCUGCUAUAAUGAACAUGUACUCCAAGUGUGGUGAGAUUGGAACAGCUAGGAAAGUGUUUGACUUAUCAGACCAGAAGGAUUUGGUAUCUUGGAACGGAAUGAUUGCAGCAUACGCUCAUCAUGGGAAUGGGCAAGAGGCAAUAAGCCUAUUUAGAGAGAUGCAUCAGAACGGAUUCAAACCUAAUGAUGUGACAUAUGUGGGAUUGCUCUCAGCAUGUAGUCAUUCGGGUUUGUUUGAUGAGGGGCUUAAUAUUUUCAAGUCUAUAAUGAAGGAUCCAUCAGUUGAAGUGCGAGAAGACCAUUAUGCUUGCUUGGUAGACCUUUGUGGCCGAGCUGGCCGACUUCAGGAGGCUGCAAGCUUUAUUAAGGGGCUAAAGAUUGGCCCUUCAGCAACCUGUGUUUGGGGGGCACUUCUCAGUGGUUCUAAUAUCCACGGGGACAUGCAAAUUGGGAACUUAGCAGCCAAGAAGCUCAUGGAGGCAGAGCCCAAUAAUGCUGGGUCUUACAUGCUGUUAUCAAACAUUUAUGCUUCAGCUGGUAGAUGGAAGGAAGCAGCAAAGAUAAGGUUACAGAUGAAAGGUAAAGGACUAAAGAAACAACCUGGAUGCAGUUGGAUUGAGGUGGGCAAUAGAGUCCAUGUGUUUGUGGUACGUGAUAAAUCUCACAUUGACUCUCAGAGGAUUUACACUCUGUUGCAUGAUCUUCAUGACAAAAUGAAGAGAACUGGAUAUGUGCCUGCUACAAAUCAUUCUCUAGUUGAGGAUGAGUUGAUGACCAUGUAAGUUGUGCUUCCUUUUAGAUUGGAGAAUAACCAUCGGUAAGUGGAGAAGAGGUUGCACUGUGGAUCUAUUGUGUGGCUCAUUAGUAUGCGAAUGGCCCUUGAAAUUAGGUUUCUUUCCUUACUUGAGUGAAGAAGAACCUCAUACCAGGUUAAUCUCAAGCCAAAAAAGGCUUAUCCGUUCACACUUGUUGCUUUGACAACACACUGCAGAUUGAUUGUAUAUCAUUCUGAUGUUGCCUACUGUCAGAAGGUCAAGUGAACGGUAAGAGAAGGAUCAUGUUCAUCUGCUGACUUGUUCUACAUCCCUGCUAAAGUUGAGCUUGUGAACAAAGAAAAAUGAAGACUGCAACAACAUUAGCUCAGUUAACAGGAUGAUUCUCUUCUGUCCAAAAGAAGAUCAAUUUCUUUAGAAUGUGGCUAAGUGUUAGGAAAAACAGUGUCGUAGGUUCGUGUACCUCAUCCAACUCUUUUUGAUAUCAGAAAAAGUCAAAAGCCACCUAUGACUUAUUUAUGUCCUAUGUAGUAUCAGCUUUGACUAAUCUCAAAAUAAUAGUUGUGGCAUCCAUUUC